AUGCUUCCGAAGCACAGGCUGCACUCCGUGCGAACAAGGAGGUCUUUUUUUUCCGACUGGAGGCCGAGGUCUGUCCCACUGUCCAGGACCGCUGCACAGAAACCUGACAUUAGGCGACAGUUCUCCCAACGGCUAAAAACCUUGGUCGAUAAGAAGCGAGUCGCCCAGUCACGGACGGUGACUAAACCUAAAGCCCCGGCGAAUCUUGUCGCUCUCCUUGAAGGCUUUCAGCAAUUCGAUGGCGACCUGAAUAAACUACAGCAAUUCGUCGAAAUCAAUGAGACGGCCAUGUCCAAGAUCCUCAAAAAGUCUCGCAUGAAGGAAUUAUAUCUCCACCGUGCCGUUGAAGUACAACCAUGUUUCAAUCGGGAUGUAUUGCGCGAUCUUUCUGAUCGGGCGACCACCGCUCGUAUAGAGCUUGAAGCUUGGGCGGAAGGAGAGAAUAUUCAAUUCGACACGACCCGACCGACCGACCGCACGACCACCUUUCAAGGUUUUGGGUCCGAGGAAGAAGACCUUGACCUUCAAGUUCUACAAUCUGCCAAUUCAGGGAAUCUGUAUGCAUUACGCGAAUGGGCAGACAAACUACAGAAAUCGGGUGAUUCGCGAGAGCGUGCCACACGCACGUUUCUAGCCGCGAUCAGUGAAUAUUCCGACGAUGUCCUCGCUGUCCUCCUCGAAACUGGUUUAGUAGAUAUUUUCGCCGAGGAUGAUAUUAACGAGCGGAACUGUUUACAUGAGGCGGCCAUAUCUGGCCGCGAGUUCGUUCUUAAAGCUGGCCUCGAGGCGGGUGUGCAGGUAUCUAGGACCGAUGUUUACGGAAGAAUCCCACUACAUUAUGCUUGUAUCCAUGGCCGUGUGGGCAUGGUACAACAACUGUUGGCAACAGAUCCUAGCACUGUUGACAUUAUGGAUCAUGACAACUUCACGCCUCUGAUACAUAGCAUUGUCAAGAACCAGCUUGACUGCGCGGAGCAGCUUCUCCGCAAUAAUGCUCGCAUCGACCCGGUGUCUGAAUCGGACCAUAUUCCGCUCAACCUGGCAUGCCAGCAUGGAUCGCUUCCAAUAGUCAAGAUGCUCUUAGAACGACAGGCUCGGUUACUCCCCGAUGCGGAAGGCCUCUACCCUCAGCACAUGGUGGCGCGCGCAUCACAAUCCCCUGACAUUCUAUUGCUGCUCAAACGGCAUGGUGCUGAUCUCAAUCAGAGAGACAAGUUGUACCAGUGGACUCCACUUUUUCACGCAGCUAGCGAAGGCUGCGUAAACUGCCUGCGGACACUUCUGGAGCUGGGCGUGGAUGCAGAUGUCAAGGACGAGAAGGGUCUAGCGGCGGUGUAUUACGCUGCGUGGGAGGGUCAUUUGGAAUGCAUGCUGCUGCUCUGGUCUCAUCAUACAGAGUCACAGCCAUCGCAGCGGCCAUUAGAUAUCUUGAACGGCUUAAGGCUCCAUGAGCCGAGUUCCACUAUUGCCUGGCAAGAGCAUACUCCGGCAGAAGCACAAGACAUGGAGACGGUAGAUGGGAUUCCGGAUCUAUCUCUCCCUCCGCCAAUCAUCCCGUUGCGACGCUAUGGGCAUAAUUUCCUCGACAAGAAGGUUUUCGUACAAAUAUUAUUCGACCCCGGUAGCUCCAUUUCGUUUGAUCAAGCUGGGCGCUACCCUGCUGCUCGAUUGACCAUAUCUUCGAAGUUAUCCGAACUAAUACCGCGAACUGUGAUGCUUCCCAUUCAGGAAGACGCCCGGAUGAUCUCCUUUCAUGUCGACACCUUGCAAACAUUCACCGUUGACUUUGAGAUUUUCCCUACUUUUGGCUCCAAGGUGAUCGCAAAAACAGUUGCCCUCCCGACAGUGUUCGGGGCGGAGGAGUCCAGCGCUGGCUCAUGUUGUUUACCCCUUUUCGACCCCCGGUUACGUGCCAUUGGACAGCUUCGUUUCUGGUUCCAAGUCAUCAAGCCGUACCACGGAGAUCCUCUUGAAAUCACGCAUUUCGCAACUUACUGGAAGGCCACAAGCACUGGCGAAUCUGACCACAGCGGCUUAGUCACUGGGUCGAGCUUGUCGGGAGAUCAUGUCCAGCUUUUUGUACAGCUCACAAGAGACAAAGUCCCAGUAGUGCACCCACAGUACAUGGUGAAACACUAUGGCAUCGAUAUACCCAUCUGCCAUCUCACCUUCUCUGAAUUCCAAGCUGUUGGCGGUGAGAAGAAUGUGAACCGACCAGAAUUACUCCAAUUCUUGCAGGCUCAUGCUGCCGAUGAUCUGGCCCUGACCCAUCGAGUGCUCGCGGCGUCAUUCUUAUCAUUGCGUGAGGUCUUCGAGAAUCUCCCAGUUGACGUAAAUGUCAAUAUCUCUGUUCUCUAUCCAUCAGCUGCUGAGGAGCAAGCAUUGAAGAUGACGUCUAUGACAGAUGUCAAUACGUUCGCUGACGCCAUAUUGACGGUUGUUUUUGACCAUGCACGCGUCGCACGGGAUAAGAAUCCAGAAUUCAUGCGUUCUGUCGUUUUCACAUCUUAUAACGCCAACAUAUGCGUUGCUCUGAAUUGGAAACAGCCAAACUACCCCGUUCUCCUUUGCAAUGACCUUGGCCAGAUUCGUGACUUGGCCCGCAAUGCCGGCACUCACCCAGACGUUGACAGCAGCGGUCGAGCAUCAAUGUCCAUAAAGGAAUCGGCCCGCGUAGCACAGAGCAACAAUUUUAUGGGCCUGAUAUGCCGUUCUAGUCUUUUGAAUGUUGUGCCAGCUCUGGUAGCAACUAUCAAGGAACUUGGCCUUGUACUUGUAGCCGACACCUCCGACGAAGCCGAACAACCGGAAACUCAAGCUUUGUCAGCUGCAGGCUCUAUGGGCGUGGCUGAACUGGCAUACCGCAUGCCCGAAGGUGUAAAUGGCUUGAUGAAAGCCAAUGGCAUACUGAGGUUCAAUGACAUGAUUGACAUGUGA